AUGCUGUCUACUGGAGAUGUGCAAGGUUGUCUUCGUAAACUAGAAACUCUUCUGCGGGUAAUAAAGUACCCAGGGGACGUCGACUACAGUGGCCUUUCAAAAGGAGAUCCCUCAGCUUUCCUGCCAAUAGUGGGCUUCACCUUGACUUCCUUCUCUCCACCUUUUGCUGAGCAACUAGUGGAAGCUGGACUGGAGCUGACUGGCAAAUCAGACCUUAGAUUCACUGACACUCUUUAUAAGGUUCUACGAGAUAUCUUCCACUAUAAGCCCAUUCUGACUAAGCAGCAGUUCCUCCAGUGGGGUUUCUCUCAAAGGAAAAUCUCUGUCGUCUGUGACAUCAUUAACUUGGUCUUACAGAGACACAACCAAAUGAAGAAGUCUCCAGAGGUGGAAGGAAGGCUCUCAACAUUGGAAGCUCAGCUGGGGAGCAUCCAGUUUGUGUUAGACAGGCUCAGUAUCCUGGAGAAACGCCUGGAGGAGCAUGACAGACGGAGUAACAAAGAUGAGAAUGAAGUCAUUACCAUCUCCAGAAGGAGCUGGGAUCAUCUGAUGAGCAGAGUCCUGUUACUGGAAACUAAACUAGAACUGAGCAAUACACAGUCAAGUGUCCCACCGCCAUGCCAGUCAUCUACCUUGUCCUGUUCUUCCAGCUCCAUGUGUGAUGCUUCAAAGGAGGACCUUACAGUCAGGCUAGCGAGGAUCACCAACAUGAUGAAGAGUACCUCCAGUCUGCUGAAGAACACUGAAUCCACUGCAACACAAAGCAAAUAAAUGAUCAUAACUGAUCCUCAUAAAUCGUAUUAAUGUAGCUCGACAUCACAAUUUUUAAUUUUGUCUUCUUGUCAUUGUUAAUAUUUCUUAUUAAACCAUAAUGAUCAACA